CUUCAACAGCCGAAAACAGUGGCAGUGAUGUUCUCAACCUGAGCGUCGUAGAUGCACCAGCUUAUGCUACGAGGGGCUACCUGCUCGAUGCAGGGCGCAAGUGGUACAGCCCUGCGUUUCUAAAGGAGUUGUGUGCUUACGCCUCGUUUUUCAAGAUGAACGAGUUCCACUAUCAUACGAGUGACAACUAUCCCUUGAGCCGGGGCCGGAACGACUCCUGGCAAGACGUCUACGCACAGUUUUCGCUACGGCCGGAACGAGACCUCGAGCUGCUAGAUGGUCUCAUUGAGCGAAAGAACGAGACAUUGAGCAGGGCCGACUUUGAAGAUCUGCAGCUCCACUGCGCACGAAGAGGAAUCACUGUCAUCCCGGAAAUCGAGGCGCCUGGUCAUUGUUUGAGCAUUACAAAGUGGAAGCCGGAGCUCGCGCUAGCGAACAAAAAGGACCUUCUCAACCUGACGCACCCGGACAGCAUUCCCACUGUACAGAGGAUCUGGCAAGAGUUCCUUCCCUGGUUCCAGACGAAGGAGGUGCACAUUGGCGCUGAUGAGUACGAUCCUACUCUGGCAGACGAUUACAUCCGCUUCGUCAAUGAAAUGGAGCGUUUUGUGAGGACGUCAUCGGGCAAGGGUAUUAGGAUCUGGGGCACAUAUGAACCGUCUGAAAACCUAUCAAUCUCUCAGCAAGUCGUUGUGCAGCACUGGCAGUAUGGCCAAUCGGAUCCGGUAGCGUUGGCACGCUCGCACUACCAAGUGAUCAAUUCCGAGGACUGGUGGGCCUACAUGACUCUCAAGAACGAUCACACGCCCAUCUUUCCUGCUCCCUAUGCACAAUUUUUCAACCAAACCAGAAUAUUCGAUUUUGCGGGCCAUGGUGGUUGGCAGUGGGAGCCGAGCCUGUUCAAUCCAGUCAAUACGACGGAACAAUUGCCAACUGGGUCACAUCAGAACAAGGGGGCAAUCUUGGCUGCCUGGAAUGACAAUGGUCCUGAUGCAACCACGCAACUUGAGGCUUUUUAUGCUGCUCGUCGUGGUAUCCCCCUAGUGGCGUCGCGUGCUUGGGGCGGCAGGCGCGGACCACUGAUCGACAUUGCGAAGUGGUUGACAUCUGUGGAAUGCUUCGCCCGUCGAGCGCCCUCGCAGAAUCUAGAUAGGAAUAUUCAUGGCAUCCGUGUUGCCACGAAUAAUUCUUCAACCAUAUUUUCUUGGUCGCGGCCGCACUCGGCGGGUGAAAGCCAGCAGAGCAGGGUCGUGCUUGGUUAUGGCAGCAAAGGUCCCGAAUACACCAUGACAUUACUAGUCACAGGCCCCUUCAACCUCUCCUCCUCCGAUGCCACACUUACACUCUCUCCAAGUGGCGACCUGAUCUUUUACACAGAUGGAACGCCGUACCCUCUUCGCUCGGUUGCUCCCACGGAUGGUUUCGAGGCGGGCCAACCAGGCAGGAUCUGGAGCAACGUCACCACAUCGACGCACGAGUUGGUGCGCUUGCCUGUGGCCCAGAAACGGAUGGAAGUGACGAUGACUGGAGACUAUAUUGGUGGCAGUAGAGUGUGGGUGAAUGGGCAUUUCGCUGGACGAUUCGAGGUUUUUGUGUACGGAGGUCGCAACACACUAUUUUCGUGGAGCCAGAUGGCAUUUGUCGCUCCGCUCGACAUCGUAGAAGGUGGCAUUGAGUCGAUCCAGGUUGGGUCUGAAGUUUGCCCUCCGGAUUCAUAAUUCAAGCUAGCUCACGAAGUGGCGUGCUUGCGAGGCUUGAAUACAGAAGCUGCGACGAUUUAACUGGUCACGCGAUGCAUUGCCAGAUAUAUCGUUGCUGCAGGUAUGAACAUGCUGCUCAGAGCCUUUCAGUUUACAAUUGAAAGGUCUUCUCCCUUGAUACGAGCAACCGACGUCAGUUGGGAAUGCAUAAGAUAGAUGGCACGAUCAUUUGGGAAGUCCAUGGCUGAGCAAAGGCUAGGUAAAGUAUGCAACAGUCGUUCCGCGUCACGUCGCA